CCCGGGUGUCUUCAUGUGCUAAUCAGUCGGUUCGAUUCGAUGUUUACACUUGCGACUAAGAGACUGAGAGAUUGCUGCUACGAUGAGCAGAUGCCUCAAUCAGUUGGACCGCCCAAGCCCUAUUGAGAAGAUGUUCAAGUGGUCGUCGUUGAUUCUGUGUGUGUGCCUCGCGUGGGUGGUGGCUGCUGUGGAUCCACUUUUGCCACUUAAUGCCAAGGACUUUCAGCUGGACUUUCUGCGUGGACUGGCCGACCAGGCCGAACAGCGUGCGGCAAUGAGUCUCAAUGAUUUUCUAACCCAGCUAGAGGGGAAUUCACGUUACAUCAACUACACGGCGGAUCUGAGUGCGGCGAGAGCCAGCACAAAGCUGCAACCGAAAGUGACGCUCAUCAAGCAGCUAAUAGAUGCCCAUCACCAUCCGGACACGAAUCUGGAGCACAUCUCUGUCCUGCGGAAUCUAGUGUUUCUCAAUCGACUGAAAUCGCAGCUCAGGGCAGCCAGGGAGUCCAGCGCCCAGGAGAUACGACAGCUGCGUCUGCAUCGUCUGUGCCAGCAGUUCGAUCGUCCCCGAGUUCCCGAGCCGAAGCAUCAGCGGAUCAAUGAUCAGACGGUGGGCGCGGCCCUGGAGCAGCUGAACCUCACGCGCGGUGAGGGAAACACCACCAGCAUAGAUCUCAAUCAGUUUGGGCAGCAGCUCUACGAGCGAGUGAAGCUCUCGGGCGCUGAAAUAAUCGACAACUAUCUGCUGAUACUGCGCGGACUACUGCAGGACAUUAUCGAGUGCGAGCACGCGGAUCUGGCGGACAGCACCCCCAAGCUGGACAACAUGCUGCAGCAGCUGGACGGAAUGCUGGCCACCCAGGACUUCUUCGAGAAGCGUCAGAAGGUUUAUGGCUAUCUGGAGCGUCACCUCACGACAGACUACGAGCAGCUAAGGGACACACCCAGUGCCGAGCAGCAUCUGACGGAGAAACUGCUGGAGCAACUGAAAGCCAAGGGUCUCGAUUUGUUUGUCAUCUUUUUGUUUAGCAAUUUUGAAUUCUUGGAGCAGGUGCACGCGCAGUGGUCACUGCUGCUGCCCCAGACGCCCAGUCUGCUGUAUGACGAUACCUUGCGCCAGUUGUACGAUCUGCAGCAGCUGUACGAGAUCUUCAAGCUGGACACGGAGAGUGAGGCCAAGUACGAGGCCUAUGCGGCGGCCCUGCGACAGCUGCACGAGCGCACUGUGGAGCAGGGACAGCGGAAUCGUCACAUAUUUGAGCUGCUGUCCAAUGCGGCACAGAAUGUGGGCAGUGUUACCUUCAACAUGAUCAAGGCCAAGUGCCAGGAGUUGCUCUAGUACUGCUCUAGGUUUAGUUAGGAUAAGACCAAAAAACCAGCAAGAUUAUCUAGCUCUAAAUAAAAAAGUAUUCUAACGAAAA